AUGGAGCAGUCAGCUUCCUCCCCCAAAGAGGCUGCAAAUCACCAGGUUGCAAAUAGUCAGUUUGGUGAUCAGAAUAGGAUACAUCAGGGCAACAAUAAUACCACCCUCAAUCUCCAUCUGGCCUACCGACCGGCCCGAACCGCCAUCCGCGUCAUUCCAUAUCCACGCAACGAGGAUCUAAUCCAUCGCCCGGAUCUCGUCGAUAGACUCAAUACAAUUCUGCCAUAUUCCUCAGUAACAUCCCGGAGCGCUGCACUCUGGGGUUUAGGCGGGUCUGGAAAAACACAAAUCGCAUUAAACUAUGCAUACCAGCGUUGUGCCGACGCCAGUUGCUCAGUCUUGUGGGUGCACGCCGAUACCGAGGCAACAUUUUCGCAAGAUUAUAAAAACAUAGCGCGGAAACUUCAAAUCGAUAAGAGUCGUCUGAGCGAAGAAGAUCUUCUUGAGGCUGUGCGCGACGGUAUCGAGGCACUAUCUAACUGGGUGCUUAUUUUGGAUAACGCCGACGACUUGAAGCUAUUCGGCGUUGGGAAAACAGAUCAAGAAACAAAGGCUCUAUUUCAGUAUAUACCUCAUGCAUCUACGGGCACAGUGUUGUGGACAACUCGUGAUGCUCAUAUCAGGGGAACACUUGUUAGCCAAGGCCGUAGCAUCGAGGUUGCACGCAUGAGACCUGAUGAAGCAAAACAACUCUUGAUGACAUUUUGGAGCGCAAAACCAAUCAGAGAAGAGGCUGAAAUCGAUUCUUUGGUGGAGGAGCUCCAGAUGCUUCCAUUAGCCAUCAUGCAAGCCGGAACAUAUAUGCAUCGGACAUCAACAACACCUGAAGAGUAUUUAUCUCUUCUGGCACAAAGCAAAAAAAGAUGGAAUAUACUUAAGACGAAUGAUUUUAACAGGCAUCGAAGACCCAGUGUACCUAAUAACGUACUUGAAACGUGGACUAUUUCAAUAACUCGCAUUAGGCAGGAGAGCGAAAUGACCUACAAAACCCUUCAUGUUGUUGCGUACAUCAGCAACGAAAACAUUCCACAUGAAUUAAUAAAGACUGCACUCAAUCACAUUGAUAAUAACCUGAAAAACGAUUCAGAGUUAUUAGAACAUGAAGCUACCAAAAUUAUCACGCGACUGAGAGAGUUUUCGUUUAUUGGCAUACGCCAAGUGGAAGACGGGAGCAGAAGUUAUGAGAUGCAUAAACUCGUACAGGAGGCUGUUCGGUAUGGGCUGAGUAUGAACAAGUCAAGCGCAAUCAGUGAAAAUGAAAUCUUCCAGGAUGGUAUCUCGGAGAAGGAGAACGGGACUCGAACAAGCCAACACGAACUUAUCGACUUGGCCGGCGUGGGCGAUGGUAAGCACAUGGGAAGCGAAAAAUAUUUCUCGAGCAUCGCUCUGCAAGCCACAGCAGAUCUCUUUCCUGAAUCGCAACAAAAUACUUGGAAACAAUGCGAGAAAUAUUUAGCACAUGCAUUGCAAAUUGGAGAGUGGGCAGACAUUGGCGAGAAGCAUAUUGAGACAGCAGAAUUGCUCAGCAGAGUGUCCGAUUUUUUUGAGGACCGUGGGCGAUGGAAUGAGAAGGAGAGAGUAGAUGAAAAGAUACUAGAAUUUCGACAAAAAAUAUUAGGAGACAAGCAUCCAGAUACAAUCUGGACUAUAGCAAACCUUGCAUCAACAUACUAUAAGCAAGGCCGGUAUAGAAAGGCAGAGGCUCUCGAAGUUCAAGUGCUUGAUAACCGACAAGAGAUUCUUGGUGACAGGCAUCCAGAUACAAUCAAGGCAAUGGGAAAUCUUGCAGUAACAUACUAUGAUCAAGGCCGGUAUAGCGAGGCAGAGACUCUGCAAAUUCAAGUGCUUGAUAUCCAACGAGAGAUUCUUGGCGACAGGCACCCAGAUACAAUCAAGGCAAUGGGAAACCUUGCAGCAACAUACCAUGGCCAGGGCCGGCGUAGCGAGGGAGAGACACUAGAAGUUCAAGUGCUUGAUAUCCGACGAAAGGUUCUUGGCGACAGGCAUCCAGAUACAAUUAUGGCAAUGGGAAACCUUGCAUCAACAUAUUAUAAACAAGGCCGGUAUAGCGAGGGAGAGACUCUAGAAGUUCAAGUGCUUGAUAUCCGACAAGAAAUUCUUGGCGACAGGCACCCAGAUACACUUAUGGCAAUGGGAAACCUUGCAUCAACAUACUAUAAGCAAGGCCGGCAUAGCGAGGGAGAGACUCUGGACAUUCAAGUGCUUGAUAUCCGACAAGAAAUUCUUGGCGACGGGCAUCCAGAUACACUGACGGCUAUGCAUAACCUCGCUUGGAGUUGGUAUAGGCUAGACCGCCAUCAGGAUGCAAUUGCGCUGAUGCAACAGGCUUUGCAAUAUAGGCUGUCAGCAUUGGGACCGAAUCAUCCUAAUACUCUGCGCUCUGCCGAAGCUCUCCAAGAGUUUCAAUCUUCAGUCGAUAAGCCAAGAUAA